GGCGCCAGCCUCCGGGCCACCUCAGAGGCGGAGCUUGGCUGCACCCGCGUGUGGCGGAGUUAAAUACUCACAGCCCACACCCGCUGGGGCACAGAAGCUAGAAGCCGCACCAUGGCUGGCAAGAAAGUCUGCAUUGUGGGCUCCGGGAACUGGGGCUCAGCCAUUGCCAAGAUCGUGGGUAGCAAUGCAGCCCGGCUGGCACACUUCGACCCUCGGGUGACCAUGUGGGUGUUCGAGGAAGACAUCGGGGGCAGGAAGCUAACUGAGAUCAUCAACACACAGCACGAGAAUGUCAAAUACCUACCAGGGCACAAGCUGCCCCCCAAUGUGGUGGCUGUCCCAGAUGUGGUCCAGGCUGCAACAGGCGCUGACAUCCUGAUCUUUGUGGUGCCCCAUCAGUUCAUUGGCAAGAUCUGUGACCAGCUCAAGGGCCACUUGAAGGCCAGCACUAUCGGCAUAUCUCUUAUUAAGGGGGUGGACGAGGGCCCCAAUGGGCUGAAGCUCAUCUCUGAAGUCAUUGGGGAACGCCUCGGCAUCCCUAUGAGCGUACUGAUGGGGGCCAACAUUGCCAGCGAGGUGGCCGAUGAGAAGUUCUGUGAGACAACCAUUGGCUGCAAGGAUCCGGCCCAGGGACAGCUCCUGAAGGAGCUGAUGCAGACAGCCAACUUUCGAAUCACUGUGGUACAAGAGGUGGACACAGUGGAGAUCUGUGGGGCCCUGAAGGUGAGAGGGCCCAGAGGCAGCUGUGGAGGGGGAGCAGUCCCCAGAGGGCCCAGCUUAGUUCUUUAGGGUUGCCAAGACCGACUCUUGCACUUGGGCAACAUUUCCAGCUCUCCCCACAUCUUCCCUUCCACACAGAAGACCCUCAAGCAAAGCCAGGGCAACCAGGCCUGCUGAUUCCUAUCCACUCAACAGUGGCUUCUUCUUCUGCUCUCCUUCGAGCUCCUUUGAGACACAGCUAGCCCUGGGGCCAUGUGAUGGUCCAAGUCCAAGAGAUGUCCAGGUUAAUGGCAGACAAGACGUUCAGGGUACCCAAAAAGUUGAUGGCCAGAACGAUGGUGGCAUGUACCUUUAAUCCCAGCACUUGGGA